AUGGCUUCCGAACAUUUCAUACCUUCAAAGUUUGUGUUUUCUGCCGAUUACGCGCCUGUGGUAAAAAAUUUACCAAUGCUGGCGGCGUUGGCUGAGGCGUGUCUGUGGCCGGUGGUUUUGCUCCUGUUCGACGACCAGUUCGUGCCCCGGCUGUCAAACUUGUACCGGAGACGAAGCGUUUCGGAUCGGGCUAAGCCCCCACAAGGCUUACAUGGCAAGUUCCGCCCGUACAACGGUUCGUUGCAAGACGCCCGAAGGCCUCCACCGCCUUCCAGCGGCGGCGGCGGUGAAGCGGUCAGAUUUCCCAUCACCAACGGAUCUUUGUUCGCCAGCCUGGAUGGCAGAGUUCCGGUUCUGCACAACUAUAGACGAGGCGUUAGGACGAUGAGUGGCUUACUGGCUUCACCACCACCUCCACACUUUAUACACACGGCAACCGAUUCGGCAGUCGGUCACUGUUGUGAAGACGAACAUCACCACCUCCAUCAGCAGCAACAGCAUCAACAACAACAACUACAACAGCAACAGCUUCAUCACCGGUCACUGCGGUUUGCCAAUAUGGUGACCGCGUCAGCGACCAUGUCACCGACGACGGGGGACGACUGCAAAGUGGUGGCGGACGACUCGACGCCAGCCGACAGCCUAGACGACCAGACGAUCGUGGCGGGCGUCGCUUCCGUAGUCAGUGGCGUUCGAGCGACGGACAGCCGAUUGCCUCAAAACUUACAACAGCUCCGCGAAAAGUUGUACGCGCAAGACGACGACGAAGACGACGAGGCAAGUUGUUGCGGCAGCGACAGUGGCCGAGAAGCGGCCGUGGACGACGAAGAGUGUCGGGCAAACAGGCCUGAGGAGGUAACGGUGGCAGAAACGACGGCCGACGAUGAGGACGAUUCUUCGGACGACGGAUGUGACAGGCGGGACGAUUGCGACGACUGCGACGAAGAGGGCGGGUACGCCACGUUGUCCGCCCGGAGCGUGUGUUCGGCUACGACGGCUGCCAACGACGAUUUCGAGUAUUUCGCGGCGUCCGUUGACCGAUCUGGCGGCGGUGGUGGCAGUGGUGAAGACGUCAUGCCACCCACGACUGACCGAUCACCUGUUAGCGGUCGGGUCCCGUACCAGCGGGCGCCCACCAGACGAGCCAGGCACCACCAGCCACAGCCACAGCACCAUCUGCACCAUCGGCACCACCAGCAUCCACAGCCGUCACAGUAUCACCAGCAACACCACAGGCUCCAAGUGCGCGCCGCAGCACCAGCUCUGCCGCCCACUCCGCCAACGCCACGCAGGCCCAAGGCACGUCUCACGCCCGUCUUGUCGGUCGACUCGCUUGUCGCGGCCCAGGCGGCUGCUGAUGCCGCGGCCAACGCCGUGAGUUAUCCGCAUGCCUCUCAACUGCUGCAGCAGCAUCAUCAUCAGCAGCAGCAACAGCAGCAGUUUCAUCACCAACACCAUCAGCUGCACCAUCAUCACGGUGGCAGACAUCGCGGAGGCUUCGGUGGCAUUGCUGGCAGACGGCUGGGCGGCGGCGGUGGCCGCGGACACCACGGUGGUAGUGUGCCCGACCUGAAACGAGUGUUCAUAACGGAUUUCCUGUAA